AAAACAGCACCGCAGCUUGCAAUAUGACAUCCGGUUCGAGCUCUCUGUUCAAUGAUUCUAAAUCACCAGAAUCAUCGUGCGAUACCGUUCAGAGCGACGAUACAUUCGACUGGGAUUCAAAGACGCAAGGACUAAUACUGGGCUCGUUCUUCUGGGGUUACAUUAUGACGCAACUUCCGGGAGGAUGGAUAGCUGGAAGAUAUGGCGGAAAGCACGUGUUUGGAUGGAGCAUGCUUGGCUGUGCCGUGGCAACUUUACUUACACCUCUUGCAGCUCGAACACACAUGAUACUCCUUAUAAUUCUCCGUGUAAUUGCUGGACUGUGUCAGGGCGUGGUUUGGCCAUGCAUGUCGAUACUGUUUUCAUACUGGGCACCACCUCUGGAGAGGAGCAAACUCAGUGGAUUUGUAUAUGCUGGUUGUCAAGUUGGUGUGUUGGUGACAUUCCCUUUGUCCGGGCUGCUGUGUGUGUACGGCUUUGACGGCGGGUGGCCAAGUAUAUUCUACCUGCUAGGUGGCUGUGGGCUGAUUUGGUUUGUAGCUUGGUCGUUCCUAGUUUAUGACUCCCCUGUGACACACCCUAGGAUUUCACCACAGGAGCGCGAGUAUAUAGUUGACAGUCUGAAAUGCCAAAUCGAUGUUAGCAAGAAGUCGACAGAAACACCAUGGCGGAAAAUAUUUACAUCGCUUCCGGUUUGGGCAAUAAUUGUAACACACGCAUGCGCAAACUGGGGAACAUACACGUUUUUGACGAAUAUACCAACCUAUAUGAAAGAUGUUUUGAAAUUCGACAUCAAAAAGGCAGGAUUUUUGUCGGCGCUUCCGUACAUUGGUUUCUGGGCAAUGACAAAUGUUUCCGGUCAGCUUGCAGACUGUAUGAGAACAAAAGGAUAUUUGAGCACGACUAACGCUAGGAAACUGUUCAAUAGCAUAGGAACUCUUGUGCCGGGAGCUUUAAUUAUUAUCACCGGACACCUUGACAGUCAUCCGGGCUUUGCCGUCGCUAUGUUAACAAUUGGCGUUGCUAUGUCAGGAUGCCAGUAUGGAAGCGGUUUUAUCGUGAAUCCGGUAGAUAUAGCCCCUAGAUACGCUGGUAUUAUCUUUGGGAUUUCAAAUACGUCGGGGACACUAGGGGGCGUUCUAGCACCAGUUGUAAUUGGUAUACUUACGGAAGAUAAAACCAGUGAACAGUGGCAAACAGUGUUCUAUAUAGCAGCUGUUAUUUACACUGUCGGGGCAGUAUUUUAUAUUAUAUUUGGUUCUGGCGAAGUACAGUCCUGGGCUCUUGAUACAGACGAGAUAAUCCUCAAACACACAGUGCCUGUUGAAAAGGGCGGGACAGUUGAACAAGGCGGGAAUGAACAGCAGGACGGCGUGUGCACAACAUCAAACAUCUGAUAAUGGUUGUAUUUUAGAAACACACAUAAAUUUGUGCUUUGACCAUGAAUUUUAUCUUGAAUUUAGUUCCUUUUAGGGUGAAAGACAUGUAUAGUAUAUAUAUAUAUUGACUUUGUGUAUCCCAGCUUACUGCAUUGAU